UAAAGGUCUCAGCUAUAAGUACAUGCACAACACACUUGGGCACUUGGCUAUGUCAUCACUCUCCAGUUCACACUAGCUAGCUAGCUAGCUCCCGUCAAGUACAGUCGAAAGGCAACAGCAGGCAGAGACUCAGAAAACAGAGACUACUGAGAUCGAUCAAUGGCGGGGAAGCUGGGGCAGCUGAUGAUGAGGCUGCACCUCGCGAGGAGAAGCCGAUCACCGUCGUCGUCGUCGGUGCCGGACGUGCCGCGGGGCCACCUGGCGGUGUACGUCGGCGAGGGGCGGAAGCGGCUGGUGAUCCCGACGGCGUGCCUCAGCCACCCGGCGUUCGUGACGCUGCUGAAGCGGGUGGAGGACGAGUUCGGCUUCGACCACCGCUGCGGCGGCCUCACCAUCCCCUGCGCGUCGGAAGGCGACUUCGCCGACAUCGUCGCCGCCGCUGUGGACGAGCACCACCACUCACGACGACGACUUUGAUCGUUCGUCGGCUUCCUGCAGGACCCCUUUUUUUUUUUUUUUUGAGGGUGUGUGUUGAAGAUUCUUGUCCAAAUUGGGAUGAUGAAGCUAAGUACGAUUGGAGUGACGUACAAGCUUAAUUUGGGUUUGCAUGCUUGGACCCUGUGUAAAGAUGAUGAUUAAUUUAUGAUGUUC